GCUGCGGGUCUCACCCGCCCGCUGUCAGCCAGCUCAGCGCCGCCGCGCGAUGGCUGGAGGAGACGCGCGGGACCAGCCCCGUGGGGCCGGCCGCGGGUGAGCCCCUCGCCGCCUCCUGCGAGCAUGUCACCUCCAGCCUGCGAGGUCGCUUUCGCUAGCAGUGUCCGUGCCUCCGCCUCCUGCAGCCGCAGCCGCUGCCUGGAGCAGUGGCCCCCGGACUCCCACCCCUGAUCCGCGCCCAGACCCUAGUGCCAGAGGACCAUGGCUGGCCAGGGCGACUGCUGCGUCAAAGUGGCCGUCAGGAUCAGACCCCAGCUGUCGAAGGAGAAGAUUGAAGGCUGUCACAUCUGUACCUCCGUCACCCCUGGGGAGCCCCAGGUCCUGCUGGGGAAGGACAAGGCCUUUACCUAUGACUUUGUCUUUGACCUGGACACCUGGCAGGAGCAGAUCUAUUCAACCUGUGUGAACAAACUCAUCGAAGGCUGCUUCGAGGGCUAUAAUGCCACAGUGCUGGCCUAUGGACAGACAGGGGCUGGGAAGACAUACACUAUGGGCACCGGCUUCGACACAGUGACAUCAGAAGAGGAGCAGGGCAUCAUCCCAAGGGCCAUUGCACACCUCUUCAGGGGCAUCGACGAACGCAAGCGGCGGGCACAGGAGCAGGGCGUCACUGGGCCUGAGUUCAAAGUCAGCGCCCAAUUCCUGGAGCUCUACAAUGAAGAGAUCCUUGACUUGUUUGAUAGCACCCGUGACCCUGAUGCCCGCCACCGCAGGUCCAACAUCAAGAUCCAUGAGGAUGCCAACGGUGGCAUCUAUACCACAGGUGUCACGUCUCGUCUCAUCAACUCCCAGGAGGAGCUGAUCCAGUGCCUGAAGCAGGGCGCCCUGUCACGCACCACAGCCAGCACCCAGAUGAAUGUUCAGAGCUCCCGGUCCCAUGCCAUCUUCACUAUCCAUCUGUGCCAGAUGCGCGUGUGUGCCCAGCCUGAUCUGGUGAAUGAGACGGUGACUGGGCUUCCGGAUGGAGCAGCUCCCACGGGCACCGAGUAUGAGACUCUCACUGCUAAGUUUCACUUUGUGGAUUUGGCUGGCUCCGAGCGGCUGAAGCGGACGGGGGCCACGGGCGAACGGGCCAAGGAGGGCAUCUCCAUCAACUGUGGUCUGCUGGCCUUGGGCAAUGUGAUCAGCGCCUUGGGAGACCAAAGCAAGAAGGUAGUGCACGUGCCCUACAGGGACUCCAAGCUCACUCGGCUGCUCCAGGACUCUCUAGGGGGCAACAGCCAGACCAUCAUGAUCGCCUGUGUGAGCCCCUCGGAUCGGGACUUCAUGGAGACACUUAACACUCUCAAAUAUGCCAAUCGGGCUCGCAACAUCAAAAACAAGGUGGUGGUUAACCAGGACAAGACCAGCCAGCAGAUUAGCGCCCUGCGAGCUGAGAUCGCACGCCUGCAGAUGGAACUGAUGGAGUACAAAGCGGGCAAGCGGGUGAUUGGGGAAGACGGUGCUGAGGGCUACAGUGACCUGUUUCGGGAGAAUGCCAUGCUUCAGAAGGAGAACGGGGCUCUGCGGCUUCGAGUGAAGGCCAUGCAGGAGGCCAUUGAUGCCAUCAACAACCGGGUUACACAACUCAUGAGCCAGGAGGCCAACCUGCUUCUGGCCAAGGCUGGUGAUGGUAAUGAGGCCAUUGGUGCUCUGAUCCAGAACUACAUCCGGGAGAUUGAGGAGCUGCGAACAAAGCUCCUGGAGAGUGAAGCCAUGAAUGAGUCUCUCCGCCGAAGCCUCUCACGGGCUUCUGCUCGCAAUCCCUACUCCCUGGGAGCUUCUCCAGCAGGUCCAGCCUUUGGGGGCAGCCCGGCCAGCUCCAUGGAAGAUGCUUCGGAAGUGAUCCGUAGGGCCAAGCAAGACCUGGAGCGGCUGAAAAAGAAAGAGGUCAGGCAGAGGAGGAAGAGCAGCCCAGAGAAAGAAGCCUUCAAAAAGAGGGCAAAACUCCAUCAGGAAAACAGUGAGGAGACUGAGAACGAGGCUGAGGAGGAGGAGGAAGAGCGAGACGAGAGUGGCUGUGAGGAGGAGGAAGGGCGUGAGGAUGAGGAUGAAGACUCGGGCAGCGAAGAGAGCCUGGUAGACUCAGACUCCGACCCUGAAGAAAAGGAAGUCAACUUCCAGGCAGACCUGGCAGACCUGACCUGCGAGAUUGAGAUCAAGCAGAAGUUGAUUGACGAGCUAGAGAACAGCCAGCGGCGGCUGCAGACGCUCAAGCACCAGUAUGAGGAGAAGCUGAUCCUGCUGCAGAACAAGAUCCGGGACACACAGCUGGAGCGCGACCGCGUGCUGCAGAACCUCAGCACCAUGGAGUGCUACACAGAGGAGAAGGCCAACAAGAUAAAGGCGGAUUAUGAGAAGAGGCUGCGGGAGAUGAACCGGGACCUGCAGAAGCUACAGGCUGCUCAAAAGGAGCACGCUAGGCUACUCAAGAACCAGUCCCGCUACGAAAGGGAGCUGAAGAAGCUGCAAGCGGAGGUAGCUGAGAUGAAGAAGGCCAAGGUGGCCCUCAUGAAACAAAUGCGUGAGGAGCAGCAACGGCGACGGCUGGUGGAGACCAAGAGGAACAGGGAGAUCGCUCAGCUCAAGAAAGAGCAACGGAGGCAGGAGUUUCAGAUCCGGGCCCUGGAGUCUCAGAAGCGCCAGCAGGAAAUAGUCCUGAGGAGGAAGACCCAGGAGGUCUCUGCACUUAGGCGCUUGGCAAAGCCUAUGUCUGAGCGAGUGGCUGGGCGUGUAGUAUCCAAGCCCCCCAAUUUGGAUUCUGGGGCUGAGGUGUCUGCCAGUACUACCUCGUCUGAGGCUGAGUCGGGAGCUCGCUCUGUCUCCAGCAUAGUGCGCCAGUGGAACCGGAAGAUCAACCACUUCCUGGGGGACCACCCUGUGGCUGCUGUCAAUGGCACCCGCCCAGCCAGGAAAAAGUUCCAAAAGAAGGGGGCCAGCCAAAGCUUCAGUAAGGCGGCAAGACUCAAGUGGCAGUCCCUGGAACGGAGGAUCAUUGACAUUGUCAUGCAGAGGAUGACCAUUGUCAACCUGGAAGCUGACAUGGAGCGGCUCAUAAAGAAAAGGGAGGAGCUAUUCCUCCUACAGGAGGCUCUGCGGAGGAAGCGGGAGCGGCUGCAGGCUGAGAGCCCCGAGGAGGAGAAGGGGCUACAGGAGCUGGCUGAGGAGAUCGAAGUGUUGGCAGCCAAUAUUGACUACAUCAAUGACGGCAUCACUGACUGCCAAGCUACCAUCAUGCAGCUGGAGGAAACCAAGGAGGAGCUGGACUCAACAGAUACGUCAGUGGUCAUUAGCUCCUGCUCGCUAGCUGAAGCCCGCCUACUCUUAGACAACUUCCUCAAGGCAUCCAUUGACAAGGGUCUACAGGUGGCCCAGAAAGAAGCCCAGAUCCGGCUGCUGGAAGGACGGCUUAGACAAACAGACAUGACGGGCUCCUCGCAGAACCACUUGCUCCUGGACGCUUUGCGCGAGAAGGCCGAGGCACACCCCGAGCUGCAGGCCCUCAUCUACAAUGUACAGCAGGAGAAUGGCUAUGCCAGCACAGACGAGGAAGUCUCCGAGUUCUCUGAAGGAAGCUUUUCCCAGUCAUUCACCAUGAAAGGCUCCACCAGCCAUGAUGACUUCAAGUUCAAGGGUGAGCCUAAGCUAUCUGCUCAAAUGAAGGCUGUGUCUGCGGAAUGCCUGGGACCCCCGCUGGAUAGUUCCACCAAGAACAUCACCAAGUCCCUGGCCUCCCUUGUUGAGAUCAAAGAGGAUGGAGUGGGCUUCUCUAUCAGAGACUCCUACUACCGGGACAAGGUCUCACGCACUGUCAGCCUGCCCACCCGAGGCAGCACUUUCCCUCGGCAGUCUCGAGGUGCCAUGGACACAUCCCCUCUGACCCGAAGAAAGUCUUAUGACCGGGGGCAGCCUAUUAGAUCCACAGACAUGGGAUUCACACCUCCAUCCUCACCUCCCACUCGGCCCCGCAAUGACCGCAAUGUCUUCUCUCGUCUCACCAGCAAUCAGAGCCAGGGGUCAGCACUGGACAAGUCUGAUGACAGCGACUCCUCUUUGUCGGAGGUCCUGAGGGGCAUCAUCACCCCCAUUGGCGGAGCAAAGGGAGCACGGACGGCCCCAUUGCAGUGUGUCUCCAUGGCCGAGGGCCACACCAAGCCUAUCCUCUGCCUGGAUGCCACCGAUGAGUUGCUUUUCACUGGGUCCAAAGACCGUAGCUGCAAGAUGUGGAACCUGGUAACAGGGCAGGAGAUCGCAGCUCUCAAGGGUCAUCCCAACAACGUGGUUUCUAUCAAAUACUGUAGCCACUCCGGGCUGGUGUUCUCUGUGUCCAGCUCCUACAUCAAAGUGUGGGACAUCCGGGACUCGGCCAAGUGCAUUCGGACCCUCACGUCCUCAGGCCAGGUGAUCUCAGGAGAUGCUUGCAUAGCUACAUCCACGCGAGCCAUCACCAGUGCCCAGGGGGAGCAUCAGAUUAACCAGAUGGCCCUCAGCCCCUCAGGCACCAUGCUGUAUGUGGCCUCUGGCAAUGCUGUCCGGAUCUGGGAGCUUAACAGGUUCCAGCCCAUCGGCAAACUGACUGGCCAUAUUGGCACAGUGAUGUGUCUGACAGUCACCCAGACUUCGAACCAGCAUGACCUCGUGGUGACUGGCUCCAAGGACCACUAUGUGAAGAUGUUCCAGCUGGGCGACUGUGUGAUGGGCACCAUCGGCCCAACCCACAACUUUGAGCCCCCUCACUAUGACGGUAUCGAAUGCCUGGCCAUCCAAGGAGACAUACUGUUCAGUGGCUCCAGGGACAACGGCAUCAAGAAGUGGGACCUGGAGCAGCAGGAGCUCAUUCAGCAAAUCCCCAAUGCUCACAAGGACUGGGUGUGUGCCCUGGCCUUUGUUCCUGGCCGGCCCAUGCUGUUGAGCGCCUGCCGGGCAGGCUUCAUCAAGGUCUGGAAUGUGGACAACUUCACACCCAUUGGUGAGAUCAAGGGCCACGACAGCCCCAUCAAUGCCAUCUGCACCAACAGCAAGCACAUCUUCACGGCCUCCAGUGACCUGACAGUGAAGUUCUGGAGCAUGCGACGGCUACCGGCGGCCCACCCUUGAAGUUAGGACUGAGGGCGGCUAGACCCUCGGACCCCGCAGCCUACACGGCACGGAAAGGAAGCUGUGGCCUGACCUGAGCGGACCAGUCAGGUGCACUGAGGACAGAGGGUGUGGCCCUUCUCUUGCUCUGCUUCCUCUCACUGUCCCGUCUGUCCCUCCCCUGCCUCCUGAGAAAGGAGAGGCCGAGGAGGGAAUAAGCUGUGAAGCCAAAGGGCACGAUCCCUUCCCCCGCCCAGUUCCUCGCCCUGCACAACAGGUCACACUGUCUCCUGCUGAGGCAGCCCUGCCCUUCCUCUGGGCCCUCAGCCCAGGGUGGCACUGGGAGGGAGAAGAAGUCCUCCUGCCCUCCUGCCCUCCAUCUAUCCUCCAGUGAGCUAGCCUCUUCCAUGUCUCCCAGCCCCACCUCUGGAGCCACUGCACCUGCUUCUGAGCCCACCAAGGUAGUUCUCAGGUAACCAUGGAAACCAGAUGUAAGCAGCUGAGUCCUGCAGCUGACCCUAAACCCUAUGGCCACUGACCACCCACCUCAAUGGGGCCCAGUCAUUCCUUGGGGCAUCCUCUGCUGAGGGCGCGGUGGAGCUGCUUAGACGAUUCCUCUGGGGAGAAGGUCAGCAAUACUGCAGUUAUCUAACUUAUUGUUUUUUAUUUUUAUGUUUUGUUGUUGCCUCCUGGAAACUGACUUGACGUUUCUUCCCAUCUUCUCCCCUGCACUCAUGGGGGAAUCUUCUCUUUGGCACUCCAGCCCCCUGCCCCACCCUAUGCUCCGUGGGCAGAGGAGGGCAAGGCCUUUUCCACCCUUUGCCGCUCUAGCCUUUGCCCCAGCUCUGCUCCACCCCAGCAAACCUUCUAGAAUAGUCCAGGUCUCUAGGCCGCCUGAUGCCACAGUGCCUUCCUCCAUCCUGAGGCCUGGCAUCAUGCUGGGCAGCCUUAUGCCAGCCAUGCCUGCAGCCCACAUGUGUCUUUUCCUUAUGGGCCUCGUGCCCACAGACCCUGAAGGUCCGAGAGUCCACCCAAGACCAGCAGCCUAAGACCAGGGAACCCAUGCUCCCCAGAGUCCUGUGUGGUCCAGAUUGGUAGACUGUCCACUAGGUAGAGGCUUGGGUAGAAAGACUACUAACCUAACUCCCCAGCUAAUUACGUUUCAGCCCUCAUGGGGACGGGAAGCCCCCCCAGCUUCUUUUCCUUUAGUUAUUCUAGAAACAGAUUGUCAAGCCUUAAAACCAGCCUGGGCCAAAGGCCCUCCCUUUUAGAUUAGCAGGAAGAGGCUCAUGCUCCUUCCUUGCUUCUCCCAUGGGGCUGUGGACUCAGCUGCAGGGAUGAGGUGUAAUCUGUGUCUGGCGCUCCCUAUAGGAACAACUCUGAAUUUAUAGGACUAGACUCCAUCCCUCACUCCUGGCUUCCCCUGCCCUUAAACUGGUCCACACUUACUCCAUUGCUUCACUGAUCUCAUGCUUCCUGGUCUUGUUCCGGGAGCCGUGAACCCCCAGCUCCGUUCAGAGGACAUGGUGACUUUGAAGACUUUGGAUAGUUAGCAUAGCACAUCUGCAAUUGGUUCUUCUCUCUCUGUGGCCGGGUACACUGGUACCUGUCCAUGUGGCCCUGGGAUGGGAGGGUCCCUGCUGAGGACAGACCCUCUCUGAGCCAUCCCAGUGCUGUAUUGGAGACUGAGACUAAGAUUAUGCCACCUGUCGGUGGCCCCUGUCGGACAUGGUGUUAAGUCUGAGUACAUGGAUAUUCAGAACAAUAUGCCUAGAAAGCGGGUCAGCUGGAACCUGGACAGUCUCUGCAAUGACCAGAGAUCCUCCUUCCUCUGCUCAUCCUGAACAUGCUAAGAAACUGCCUUAGCACUCAGAAGUAACCACAUCUUCUCCUCCACCCCUCUCCACCUGAAUGGAAAGCCUAGACCUUACGUCCUGUAAGAAAACCCAGAACCCAUCUGCAUGAGUGUUUACAAACUCCAGAAACACAUGAGACUUAUCUGACCCCAUGGGCUGGACUGCCCGAGCCUGGGGUGCUGUACUGUAUAGCUAGCUGCAAGGCCAGUUCUUGUACAAAGCGUGUGGUCUUACAGCCCCGUGAGAGGUGCUCACCGUCAUUGCCCCUUCUGCCAUUUCUGAUGGGUCACUACCUCAUGGUGGGGCUGCUAUGCUGUCCCAGCGAGUGUCAUUGACUAAACUUGAAAUCCUUUGGAGCUCUAAGCGCAUUGUCCCGAGUCAUUCUGAGCUGUGUUCUGGGAAUGUUGGUAUCCCUGUCCACUCUUUCAGGUGUCUGAGGUACACAGUCAGGGGCAGGCUCCUAGCUCUACUCAUUGCACAAGCGUCCUACGUGUUGGAAGCACAAACUGGUUGUGAUUUGAGCACAAUGCAGGUCUCGGGGUAGACAAUAUGGGCAAACAUGGGCCCAAGAGGCUUUUCCCAGAUGGGCUGAGUCUUAAGUUAGACUAGGGAUGCCCAUAUCUGUGGCUGACUCACCCAUGUACUUCUGGGACUUAUAUUACUUCUUGUGCCCAUCCUAAGACUUGAGGCCCAGGCCACAUCUGUAUGCUGUGGGGUCCUCCCUAGACCCCCAUACCCCAGGCCUAUAAAAACCCACAUAUAGCUGUACCCCACCAUUCUGAGCCUGAAGAGCCUGGACCCAGGCUCCCAUCUCCUGAACUAACGUCCACAUCCAUGCUUCUGAAGCUGAUUGGCUUCCGUCUGGAUGGAACUUGUCUACUGUCCCCGCUCUCUUGGACCUUCUCUGCACAAUCCUGGGUCAGAACCCAUUCCAGUAUUAACCAGCUCAGUGUUUGCACUUGUUGGAGAGACUUGACCCCACAGCAGCCAGAUCCUGGAAGGCUGGGCCUGAAACAACCUCCAAAGUCUGCCAAGGAGGGAGAGAAGGCAAAGAAUGGGAGGCUGACCCAGCCCAGCCCUUGAUGUGGUCAGAGUGCCACCAUCAGCUACUUGAAAAGGGACAGCUAUGGAUCUGGAAGACGCCUCCCAUCCUCGCCCCAGCUGCAGGCUUGGGCAAAGGGCAGGUUGAAGCACAAACGCACGCACGCGGGGAGGAUGCUGUCUCCUGGGGGCAUUCUCGUGCUGCCCUUGUGAUGGCGGUGCAGGCAGAAAGCUGCUGUAAAAUCGGGGCAUUAUGCUCUACCCUGCCAGUUCCUGGGUACCUCCCCUGGAUUCUGGGCUGGGUGUAGCCACACACCCUUGGCUGAGCCUGGUUGGUUUGUAUGGGCAGAACCUGCCCUGCAGGAGCGGUGAAUUCCAUCCUGCCAUGUGGCCCAAACCUGUGGCAUCCGUCCCUUUGUCCUUUCAAGUUGGAAACUGCUUGCUGCUUAGAACAAUGGCCAGUAACUCCACUGAGCCUUCCGGAACCCACCCGUCCCCUCCUGACUCCCGGGUCUUCACCACUCCUUAAGUGCAAGAAGAGACUCUGCAGGGCAAUUUCUGUUUCUUUGACAUCUUUGUUCUGUCCCCGGUGCCCACCCCUCUUCAUCUCCAGCACCCACCUGACUUCCUUUGCCUCCUCCUUCCUCCUUCAAUCCUGUGUCCUCAAGGCUUUGCCAAACAGUGGGAAGUCGGUACUGCUGAAAGUCAGAAAAGACCACUGAUGUCUUGGCGCCCCGCCCUGCCCCCAGCUCUUCCAGCCGCUGCCCCUACCCAGGCUGCGGGGUCUCUCUUGGCUCAUGCGCUCUCCCGUGACACAGUAGCUCAAGGUGUGUAUAUUCUUUGUACCUCUUCCGAUGACUGUACAUAGGAUAUGAAAGUUAUUUAAGCCUCAUGCUGUACAUUUCUGUUCUGGAAUUGGA